CAGGGAUCCUGGAGAGGUGGCCGUCACAGCCUGGUAACCCAGAAGCGAAUUUGUCUAAUUAAAAGGAGCAGGUAAACUGGGAGCUUGAACUUCGCCCUGCGGCAAAUUGUCAAGCUAGCUGCUUUUGGCAAGUUCCUGAGGUCUGCCUCCCUCUGGUGCAGAUGGAAACCAAAGAAGCCUCUGGGAAAGAGAACAUGGGGACCAAGAAGAAGAAUCUGACCUUUCUGAGACAGAGACUCUACAUGUUAGAGAGAAGGAAGACCGACACCGUGGUGGAGAGCCCUGGAACUGUAGACCACAGUAACUCCGGACCCCUCAGAAGGAGCCAGUCCGACAGAACAGAAUACAACCAGAAACUGCAAGAAAAGAUGACACCACAAGCUGGGGCCUCUGCACCUGGGCCCACGGCCCACGAUGAGCAGCAACAGAUAAGAAGAAUGAUGGCAAAAAGGUCGAACAUCAUCAAGGAGCUGAUACAGACGGAAAAGGACUACCUCAACGACCUGGAGAUGUGCAUUAGGGAGGUCGUUCAGCCCCUGAAAAACAAGCAGAUUGAUAGGUUUGACGCAGAUGGUUUGUUCAGCAACAUCCAAUCGGUGCAUCAGAUAUCAGCCAAGCUGUUGGCGUUGCUGGAAGAAGCCACAAUGGACGUGGAACCAGCCAUGCAAGGAAUCGGCGGAGUCUUCUUGCAAAUUAAAAGCCCACUCGAAGACAUCUACAAAAUCUACUGCUAUCAUCAUGAUGAAGCUCAUACUAUGCUCGAGUCAUAUGAAAAAGAUGAAGAACUGAAACAACAUAUGAGACACUGUAUCCAGUCCUUAAAGAAAAUAUACCUUGAAGAAGGCAAACCCAAUCUGCUGGAUAUGGGAUCCCUGCUCAUCAAGCCAGUUCAGCGGGUGAUGAAGUAUCCUUUGCUACUCUGUGAACUCCGGAACUCGACUCCUCCUUCCCAUCCAGAUUACAAAGCCCUGGGAGAUGCCUUAGCAGCAGUGAAAGACAUUAAUGUGAACAUCAAUGAACUUAAAAGAAGGAAAGAUCUGGUUCUGAAAUACAAGAAGAAUGAUGAAGAUGAAUCCUUCAAAGACAAGUUUUCCAAACUGAAUAUUCAUUCAAUUAGCAAGAAAUCCAAAAGAGUGACUAAUCAUCUAAAGAUUUUGACCAGAGGAGACUCUCAGGUGAAAGACAGCACCUUUAACAGAGAAGAAAAACUGUUUAGACAUUUAGAAAAGACUGUGAGGAAUUGUGUGAAGAACAUUUCAUUCUGCCUUCAACACAUCCAGGAUGCCAUGCCCCUAGCUGCCCAGACUGUGACUGAGCUGCAUGAUAUUUCAUAUGACAAAGAUGCUAAGGGCACUGACUAUUCAGCUACCCUGAGCAAGGCCCCAAGCUGCUGUGAAGACUUUGUGGCUCACUUACACAGGCAGGUCAUGACUCCACUGUCAUCCCUGCAGUCCUUAUUCCCAGGACCUCAGAAACUCAUCCAGAAGCGCUAUGACAAGCUGCUGGAUUACAAUGGCUACCUGCAGCGCUCCCCAGGUGACGACUCAGAUCUGGCCAGGAAGGACUAUGAAGCUCUUAAUGCCCAGCUUGUGGAGGAGCUCCAGGUGUUCAACCAAACUGGUCGGCAGAUCCUGUUCAAUUGUCUCUACUGUUUCAUCACCCUCCUCAGGGACCUGAUGCUCAUGGCCCUGAAGCCUUAUUCCACAGUGAUGCCGUUAUCCCUGCUACCCUCCAGCAUCAGUGAAGUUCAGAAUCGGGUGAUAGAAGAUGUGCAUAGCCUGAAUUUUGUCAAGGACAACAGUGCAACUUAUAUUGAACGGAAGCUGAGCUUUGAAAAGAAGAAACCUGUGCCCACUUUGUCAGAGAUGCCCCGUCAGACAGAUAACCAUCGCUCCCAGCUUCUAGCAGCUUCCAGCCCAGAGGCUCUCUACCAAGCAAAGCGCAGGUGUAAUGCUACCCAGGAACAUGACAUUGACCUCCUGGAAGGGGACCUGGUGACUGUGAUGGAGCAGAAGGAUCCAUUGGGCAGCACAAGCAGGUGGCUGGUUGACACUGGAAUUGCAAAAGGGUAUGUAUAUUCUUCCUUCCUGAAGCCCUACAAUCCAGCCAAGAUGCAGCAGGCAGAGGGGGAGCACCGGUUCUGUGAGGAGGACUUUGACAAUAUCAGUCUCUUUGUGUCUUCAUGGCCUGCCAGUCACACCAUCACACAGACCAGGGAAGAGGGCACAAGUGAUAACAGCUCCACUCUCAAUGGCAUAGGUGGGAAACCUGAAGCAGACAGGGCUGACACUGACUCUUUACAGGACAUGGAUGAACAGAUAUUCUAUGCAGUCCAUGCAUUUCAAGCCCGAAGUGAACAUGAGCUCAGCCUCCAGGAAUACCAGCGAGUUCACAUUCUUCGGUUUUGUGAUCUGAGUGGCAAUAAAGAGUGGUGGUUAGCCGAAGCCCAAGGACAGAAGGGAUAUGUGCCUGCCAACUACCUGGGCAAGAUGACAUAUGCUUAGAAGGAUAAGCUUCUGGAUAACUUCUUUAGUUUUCUGUUAAAUCAUUGAUCAACUAACUACCUCUUACAUAUCCAAGAUGAAGAUACUUGGCUUUGAAGGUACAUCACACACCAAAGAAAUAGCUAUCCAGCUACCAGGACUGGUACCUUACUAGAUUCUAAGGAAGUACUGGCAAGAUUAGCUUUUAGGUGUGUCUGGAAGUGUAUCUGUGGUUAACUAAACCAAAAUUAAUGUAAAAAAUGAAUGCGCCCAAUGAGUUUUUGUAUUCAUCUUCUUCAGAAACAUUUUUUAAACCAAAUAAAUUUUACAGGAAUAAUCUUAAAGGAUCAAUAUGCCCUAAUGUAAUUUGAAAAGACUCAGUAUAGAUUAAGUAAGCUUUUUCCCAUAUUGAUUUAUUUCUAGAUUUCUAGCUGGAAAAGAGCCCGAGAUCAUCUAGUCCACUCGUUUUCAUUUUAUAGUUGAAGAAAAUGAGACCCAGAGAAGGGAAGCAAUUUGUUCAAGAUCAGAGAAGUUCUAAGUUCCAGCCAGAAUUUGAGACCUACUCCAUUGUGCCAUAUUAUUUCACCCAAAACCUGUUUCUCUCCUCAGGAUUAUUGGUUAUGGUGAGGGCAUUAAGGCAAAAUAAACUUGUUAACAAUCAAUAUGGCAUCCUCAAGGUAAAAGCUUUUGGGGGAAAGAUUGCAAAGUUUAAACAAUACUGCCCAUCCAAACAAAACAAGUGUGGUCAAUGUGUGAUUGCUCUCGUGGACUACAAUGCUUAGUGAAAGGGCCAGCAUUUACUCUCGAUCCCUUUUUUCUAUGCAUAUGUAUGUAUGUAUUACAUAGUUUAAAAACAUGUAUAUGAAUGCAUGUAUCUUUCAAAAUAAAAUAUUAUUAGGGCACAACUUUUCAUAAUAUUAACUCAGAAAAAGUAGUCAUUCUUAAGCUCAUUCAAUUUAAAAUAUCUUAUUUUGUAAAAGUGUUUUCAUCAUAUCCUUCCUUACAAAUAUUUACAAAAUAUGAUGGGUUUAAAACUUCAAACAUUCCAAUUGAUGAAAGUUCAUCUAUAAUAAUUGUUAUAAUAAUUGUAAUAAUUGAAUAUUAAUUGAAAAACAGUGGGAAAACUUAAAUGAGAAAGAAAACAAAUUAUCAUGAUGCUAACUGAUAUGAAGAGAACCUUAAAUAUUAUUAUUUUCCCGUUUGUUCUUGCAUUUGGGGGUUGCCUUUACUUUAAAAUAAUAUCCUUGGUCAUUGGACCUUGUGUAGUGGUAGCGGUAGUAGUAGUCACAGUCGUAGUCAUAGUUGUAGUCGUAGUAGUAGUCGCAGCAGCAGCAGUAGUAGUAGAAGAAGAAAGAGCUUUGGCUGUAGUCAGAGAUUCUGGAUUGAAUAUCAUCUCUUAAGCUUACAUACUAUCUAUAUGACUUUGGGAUAGUUAUUUAACUGCCCUAGUUCUCAGUUUCCCCACAUGUAAAAUUAAGAGAUUAUUCUAAAUGGUCUCAGGUCACUUCCAGCUCUAGGUCCAUAAUGCUAUAAUGAACAGGUAGGUUCUGUGAUAUUUCAUGCCUAUUUGAUCAAAGUACAUUAUAGAAGUACUAAUGGCUUUUGGACAAUAUAUGAUUAUGAAAUCAGCUUAAAUUUGCCCACUUAUUUGAUGGACGUAAAAUAAGAAAUUUCAUUGGCACAAAUACAAAAGUGUAUUAAUUGAAUAUUAAUUUUCAAAAUUUGAAUCAUGGUAGUUCAAAAAUGCUUAAUGAGAUUCAUUGGCACUGUAAAUCUCCUUUAUCACACAUAGAUUUAUAUUUUUCAAGGAUCUGUAAUUUUGUCAACCUAAAGCUUCAUUCCAUUGACCCCAAACAUGAUAGUUCUAGACCUCUGAGAGCUGCUAUGAUGGUAAAAUUCAUUUUCUUGCAACCAACGAGGCCCUGAGUUCUUUUCAGUCUCAGUGACAUUGGCCUUCAGAUGACAAACAUAUUUGGAGUCUUUCAAGCAUGGUAUGACUUGCCCGCACUUGUGCUCCAAUGACAUGGCCUCUGACAAGCCGGGACAAUAAGGCAUUAGGGGAUGACUUUGGGUGAGUUAUAAAUCUAAGGAUCCAUGAGGCAAAAUGAAAAAUGGUGUUUUUCAGAGAGAAGUUGUAAUCACAGUUAUCAGGAAAAUCUUGGAAUUUCUUGGUGUGCACUGAAGAUUUCAAACUAAUGUUUAUAGUCAUACAAUUUUAGAGGGCCAUAUUAUUAGAAUACUUUGCCAUUUACUUUAGUUCAUUUGUAGACAUACUAUACAACAGUGUGUCUUUUUAAAAUUGAGAUUAGAUACCAAAAAGAGGUAAUCUUCUGGAUGUAAAAGUAAGCCCUGUGUGCUACCAUAUGAGUUGAGAAAUAUAAUUUUUCUUGAUUUUCAAGGGGGCAUAAAUUCAGGAAUGCCUGAGAAAAAGGAACAGUGAAUAUUUUGGGGAUUUCCGUUUCAUUCUAAUUUGGGACACAGGUGGAACUGUGGAAAAAAUGCUGUACUUAGAGUCAGAUGGUUUUCUUGAGGUUUAGAUUCUAACAAUAAUUUUGUAACCUUGAGUAAAUCAAUUAGUCUCUUUGGGCCUCAGUUUCCUCAUCUGUAAAACAAGGCAGUUGGACUAGAUCAUAUCUAAGGUCCCUUCCAGCUAUUACCCAAGAAAAUUCUGAAGAUGUAAGCUAUAUAUGUGUGUGUAUAAUGUGUAUGUGUGUGUAAGAUUUGAGUUUCCUUAUGUUGUAUUCUUUAUUGUGAAUUCAGAUCUACAAACUGAUGGAUUUCUGUAUGAGGAACAGAGCAUUUUUACAAUUGUCUGGAAUAAGUAACUAGCUUCCAUGCACUUAAUUGACUUAGCCUGUUCAUGUGGUCCAAGGAUUGAAGCUUAUUGGCUGACCUUUGUAGGUAUCACAGUGGCAGCAUCCUAGCAGCAGAGCAUGGCUGAUCAAAUACUUUAAUGAAGCCAUGAACUUGACGCUGUCCUUACCAGCACACACAUUUAUUAAAACAUAGAUAGAAUCCUAGCAUCCUAGGAUUAGAGAACAUCUGGUUCAACUCUUUCCAGAAGCAUAAAUAAAUAUCAGCAGUAAUACAUAAAUAUCAGCAAACAAAUCCCCGAUAUAAAGAAGGAUGAGACACGUCUACAAGGCUUAGAUUUCGAUAGCCAGCAAAUUUUAGUUAUAGUUCAAGGAAUAACCCAAUUUUCUCUUUAUAGUCUUAAAGUCAAUCAAUCAACUAACAAACGAGGCUGCUAAGUGGGGACAUGAUGCAGAGAGUACCAGACUUGGUGUCAUGAAGAUCUGAGUUCAAAUUCAACUUUAGAUAUUUACUAGCAGUGUGACUUUGGACAAGUCACUUAACCUCUGUUUGCCUUAGUUUCCUCAAAUAUAAAAUGGGAGUAAUAAUAACACCUAUCUCCCAGGGUUAUUGUGAGGGUCAAAUGAGAUGAUAGUUUUAAAGUGCUUAGCACAAUGCCUGGUACACAAUAAGUGCUAGAUAAAUGUUAGUUUAAAUACUAGUAAAUUUCAAGCAGUGUGCUAGGCUAGGAACAAAAAAGUAAAAUGGAAACACUUCCUUCCACCAAAGAGCUCACAUUCACAUAGGGAAGACAAUUUUGUUGUUGCUGUUCAGCUGUGGGCUACAGAAACUGUGGGGCUUCUUGGCAAAGACCCUAGAGUGCUUUGCUAUUUCCUUUUCCAGUGGAUCCCUUUGUUGAGCAAUCAGAGGUUAAGUGACUUGUCACAUAGCUAGGAAGGAUUUGAACUCAUGUUUUCCUGACAGUAGGCCCACUAAGUCACAAUUUCCUCAGGGGAGAAUAGUUAUUCAUGAAAGUAUCAAGAAAACACACAUAAAACAGAUGUAAUACAACGAGAGGUUGUAAGAGGAAAGGGGGGGGGGAUCCUUCUAACUUUGAUUUGGUGCUAGUCAGUGGUUUACUUGACUGAUAAGUGAAGAGAACCAUUUGAGGUUUUUAAGGUAUGCAGAUACUUCUAGAUAAAGCUCCAUAAAGCUUAAAAUUAUAGCUGACAUUUAGGAAAAGAUUGAUAAUCCUAAUGGGAAAGUUGAUAUUCCUUUUUUUAAACUUUGUAAUAAAUAUCUUUUUUAAACGACUAAAGUUUGGGAAAGUAUCCUCUAACGUUGAUGUUGCAGAAUUUUUUUUUCAUAUCAAAUAAGCAAAAAAAAAUCACUGUGACCUACUUAAUGUUAAUACUUAGCUAUUAUCAUGGCAAAAUUACAAACUUGCCAAUUAGAAGAACAUAUAUUCUCAAAUUAAAUUUCCAUAAACUAAUAUCCUCAACAAAUGGAAAUUCUGCCAGUCAUGCAAAAAAAUAUUAAUUCACUUGCUUUUAUAAUGAUUUUAAAAAAUUAAACAGAAUGUCUUUCAUUUGGAGAGGAUCUCAGUUAUUCUCUCAUCCAAAAACUGUUCCAUGGUGACUGAAUUAUGUAGAAAUGAUAUAAUGGUUCCCCUUAAGCACAGUGAUGGAGCCUGGCAUGAAAUAACUGAAUUGUCCUUAUGAUAUCUAUCCCAUCAAAUUACAAUCUUUGGGCCUUUUGGAAAUCAACAGUACAUACUGUACAAAAUUAUAAUGAAAAUAUAUUUCUGGAAAUUUACAAAAGCUAGUGGUUAGUGCUAGAAGGUUUUUUUUCAGAGUAAUUUUUUCCCCUAUCUUAAAGUAUAUAUUUAAAGCAAAUUGUGACCGAGAUUAAGAUUAAUGUCUAAGGCAACAUUGGCCAGGAAGCAUUAAAUUACUUAAGUCUUCUUUAUUAAAAUUAUUUAUGGAUUGGUAACUGUUCUGCAUUCGGCAAAACUACAGUCCUGAUAUCCUCAUAAGGUACAAUUUAAUUUAGACAUCUAUUUCAGGUUUGUUGUAAUCAAUCCACCAACAAACAUUUGUUAAGCAUUUACCAUGUGCUUACACUGGGGAAUAUACAGCUGAAAAUUAUACAAUCUUAUACUUUUGGGAAAAUUGAGUUCCUUUAUUUUGGAUCUCUUUGAAAAAUUAAUUGUGAGUUUAGAAUCCAAAAUAGUUAAAUUUUGUGUGAAGAACGGUACAUUUCUUCUAUUGUCUGGAAUAAGAAAAUAGCUUCCAUGUACUUCCAUGAUGCUUUGUUUGUCUGUUCAGAGGGUUCUAGGACUGAUGCUUUUUGCUGAGGAUAAAAAAAAUACCUGCACUCAAGGAGUUUACACUUUACCAAGUAAUAGUAGAUGCCACCUCAGGGACAAAUGAUCUUUUUGACUUUAAUGCUGUCAUAUGGUGCUACAUCAUUCAUGAAAAAAUACCACUUCACAAAGUGAUUUUUUAGUAAUGAUUCCUCCCAAAUGAUAUGCCAGAAAAAAAGGCCUAGCAAAAAAACUUCAAAAUUAUUUCAACUCAAUGGAUCUUAGCCUAGAAUCUUUUAGGAUUCAAACUUUUGUUUCUGACCACAUUCAAUAACUUAUGUUUUUAUUUAUUUUCCCCUAGUUUAUUGGUUCUUAAUCGAAUGUAGGGAUACUUCACCUUAAGGAGGAAAUGUCUAUUGCUGAUCAUUGUAUCUGUUUAAGAGUUCACUUCUAUCUGUUUUGACUUUCUUUACACUGUUGCAGUCAGUUAGUAUUCAUCCGAUUCUGCUUUCUUCACUUGGCAACACUUCUUCAAUACCUUCCCAUAGGGGGCAGCUAGGUAGCUCAGUGGAUUGAGAGCCAGAUCUAGAGACGGGAGGUCCUGGGUUCAAAUCUGACCUCAGACACUUCCCAGCUGUGUGACCCUGGGCAAGUCACUUGACUCCCAUUGCCUAGCCCUUACCACUCUUCUGCCUUGGAGCCAAUACACUGUAUUGACUCCAAGAGAGAAGGUAAGGGUUUAAAAAAAAAAAACCUUCCCAUAAAUCUCUGAAUUUUCAUAUUCAUUAUUCUAUUAUUCAAAGACCACAUUGGUCCAACUACUCCCCACUCAUUGACCAUGUAUAAGAUUUGUGGCUUUCUGUUAGCAUAAUCUAAUGCGGUUAUGCUUUUUUACACAUAGGUCUUAUUGUCCCCAAUUAUAUGUACUUAAGCACGUUAGUAGAUUCUAAAUUAUAACCCAGGCAGGAAAACAAGUCUAACAUAGACAAAUUCUAGAAUUAAAGAUUUAAUUCAAAAUCUAGGCCAUGAAUUACCUUGAUGCUGAAACAAACAAAAAUCUAGGGAAACUAAUGUGCUAGGCUAAUGCUGCAAUUGUUUGCACGUGUUCAUAAUUUGUACAUAACUAAAUAAAUUUAAAUUAUCAUAUUAAUAAAGAUUUAUUUUUGCAAAAUUG